CAGACCAUAGAGAUAGGAAAAGAGCGCAGGGCUCCCAUUUCCGACCUCCUCCGCCGAUUUGCCCGGACCCUGUUUUGGGCGCCGUCAUGAUCUUCCUGCUGGCUUUGUUGGCGGGUCUCUUUCAGGCGGUAUUCACUGGGGUGAAUGAACGGACCUUCCUUGCUAUCAAGCCGGACGGGGUGCAGCGGCAUUUGGUGGGUGAGAUCAUCCGGCGCUUUGAGAAGAAGGGCUUCAAGUUGGUGGCCAUGAAACUCAUGCAGGCUUCAGAAGACUUACUGAAGGAACAUUACAUCUCUCUCCGUGAGCGUCCUUUUUAUAGCCGCCUGGUGAAAUACAUGAGCUCGGGACCUGUCGUGGCCAUGGUCUGGCAGGGACUGGAAGUAGUAAAGACGGCUCGCGUCAUGAUCGGGGAGACUGACCCAGCUGAUUCCAAGCCUGGAACUAUCCGAGGAGAUUUUUGCAUCGAAGUGGGCAAGAACGUGAUUCAUGGGAGCGAUUCCGUAGAGAGCGCCCACCGAGAGAUUUCACUUUGGUUCCGUGCAGAGGAACUGACCUGUUGGGAGGAUGGCGCAGAGCGCUGGAUUUAUGAGUAAAGCAGAAACUUUGGGGCUGCUGAAGCGUCGCUUCUUCCACUGUCGCUCAGGGGUUGCGCAUCCUCCCGCACCGCCAGAUCCUCCCCGGCAAGGCUCCUCUGGGUGGGGAUGCCGGAGGGAGCCAGAAAAUCCUCAACAAGAGGUCGGGCCUUUGUGGUUGCGCCGUCUCUCUGGAACUGCCUCUUGGGGGAGUUGCGCCUGGUCCUUCCCUCCCCCAUUUUAAGAGGCUGCUGAAAACGCAUCGAGAGGCGUUCAGAGGCAGCCUGAUUUGAUGAUGUUCUUUGCCCCUGUCUGGCCAUUCUGAUUUGCAGCACCACUAGGUUUUAAUGUUGGCUUA